AUGAAUUGCUCUGUGUAUACACCAUCUUUUUUACCAUAUCGAAAUUCUCAUCCUCAUCCAUUAUCAUCAUUUCGUAUUGAUGAUAUUUUAAAAACACCAACAUCAAUAUCACCAACAUUUACUGAUCCAACAGCACUUUGGUCAUCAUUUGCUGCUCAACUUUUGGCUUAUUCACCUGAACUCUUAUCAGUUGCAACAACAACAUCAUCAUCAUCAUCAUCAAAUGAUAUUUCACCACCAAUACCAAAUUUAAUUUCACCACAAAAACAUCUUCAUCAUCGACAUCAAUAUCAUCCAUAUCUAUCAAUAUCUCGACAUUCUCCAACAACAAAACUUCAGCAUGAUCCUACUUCAAUUUUAACAACAUCAGCAAAUAAAAAUAAUUAUCAACAUACACUUUCACCAUUAUCAAUUAAAGACAAAAUCCAACAUCAACAUAUCGACCGGAAAGAUUGUCUAUCAUCACAUCAUUCAGUACCACCGACAACAGCCGCUGCUGCUGCUGCAGCUGCUGCAUAUUGGCCAUAUUUAUAUACACGAUGUAAUCCAACAGCAACAGCAAAUGUUUCACGUCGUAAAGGAGGUCAAAUAAGAUUUUCAGCCGAACAAAGUUUACAAUUAGAAAAAAAAUUUGAAAUCAGUCAAUAUUUAUCACCUGUUGAACGAAAACAAAUUGCUAAAACACUUCAAUUAAGUGAAAGACAAAUAAAAACAUGGUUUCAAAAUCGACGUGCAAAACAUCGUCGAUCAGCUGCAACAGUUACAAAAAAAGAUAUGGAUAAAUCAUGUUCAUCACCACAACAAAGUGAUGAUGAAGAUGAUGAUGAUGAUAUUGAUGUCGAAGACAAUGUUGAUGAAGAACAUGCAACAUCAUCAAAUUCAAAUUAA